AUGCCUGCAACUCGCUCACCUAGCCAACACCGCUCUCGUCUGCAUGCAUCUCCUACACGAAAUCUACCAAACCGGUCGAAACCAAAAUCAAACCCGGCUACUAUUCCUGAACACGAAAUCAUUGUUCUUUCUUCGGAUAAUGAGAACGCCCGACCGAGCAAAAUUGGUUCAUCAUCAAGAUUAAAGAGGAAGAAGCCGUUUCCUUCACGCGAGGUUUUGGAGAUAUCGUCAUCCUCCGACGAGGGACCGAUGCUUCCAAAGACGCCGGGAAAUGAUGGCCCAUCUUGGCAGCGGGAGCAUUCAAAAGUGAAGAAGGUGAACGUGCACCUAGAGAGGCAGGUUGCUGAUCAGCGCAUGCAACUUGACAACAUGAGAAAGCGUCUCGAGGAACAAAAUCAAGAGCUUGCUGCACAGUCUCGAGAAAUUGAUGCCCGUCAUCAGGAGAUCCAAUUGCAGCAGGAGAAACUUGCUGCACUACAAGCGAAAGGCACAUCAGAAUCGUCUAUCGAUGCUACCAAGUUGGGCGACAUGUUAUCUUGCGAUAUAUGCGCACAUUUGAUGUACUCCCCUUACCUUCUCUUUGACUGUGGACACUCUUAUUGCGAGGGAUGCCUCAAAGGCUGGUUCGAUGAAAUACUCACUAAACACAUUCGCGCACAUCCCGCAUACAACGUGAACCGCAGAGCCAUGCCUCGGAAUCUUCCUCAAGUUCUUCGCACCAUUGGUCCAUACGUCUCGUAUCCCGUUCAGAUGCAACUACAGGCAAUGUAUGAUGCUUCGCAACAACAGCCGGAGUACACCUGUCCAGGAUGUCGGAAGGAAGUCACGGGAAAACCAGUCGUAAAUUUUGCAGUCAAGGAUAUGGUUUCCAUCGUCGGGAACGUUCUUGGACAACCCGACACUCGCCGGGAGUCUUCUGAUAUUGCUCGUAGGCAGCACGCGGGUCCAUUUGACGGCUUUUUCCCUCGAUAA